AUGUCAUCUGACGAUAGCUCCAACUCUUCUAAUUCCUCUUCCAAUUCAGAAAAUAGCCAAACCCAACGAUAUGAAAGACGAAGGCAAGCCAAUCGCCAGUUCGAUCGAAUGAUGGAUGAAGUUUUUAUGUCCAAUCCAGUUGAAGUAUAUCAAAUGUUUAAUCAAGUGCCAAGGCCACCAAGGGUUCCCGUUCCAAGGGAUCGUGAGGAUGGACACAGUCGUUUAUGGAAUGACUACUUUACCGACCAUCCUGUGUUCCCUCCACAAUUAUUCCGUCGGAGAUUUCGCAUGAACAAACAUAUAUUUCAACGAAUUAAGCAAACUUUAGAAGAACGUCAUCCCUUCUUCCAGCAAAGACAAGAUGCUACAGGAAGAUUUGGUGCCUCUGCAUUACAAAAAUGCACCGCGGCUAUGAGACUAAUAGCUUAUGGCACCUCCGCUGAUUCUGUGGAUGACUACAUUCGGAUUAGUGCAUCUCUUGCAAGAGAUUCACUUCAGCAUUUUGUGGAAGGAAUAGUCUCUUACUUUAGUGAUGAAUACCUUCGAAAGCCCAAUGAAGAAGAUCUAGUAAGACUACUAAGGAUUGGUGAACGUCGUGGAUUUCCUGGCAUGUUAGGUUCUAUUGAUUGUAUGCAUUGGAGGUGGAAAAACUGUCCACUUCGAUUAAAAGGUAUGUUUUCUGGAAGACCAGGUAAACCCACAUUAAUCUUGGAAGCUGUGGCAUCAUAUGAUCUUUGGAUCUGGCAUGCCUUUUUUGGGACACCAGGUAGUCGUAAUGAUAUUAAUGUUCUUGAUAGAUCCCCAUUGUUUAAUGAUGUUUUUGAAGGUUGUGCACCCUCUAUUAACUAUGUUGUGAAUGGUCGCACAUACUGA